UCGGUGUUAAUCUACAAGAUACAAGAUAUUUUCUUGCUUUUUCGAACGCCUCAGACACACAUUGCACCGUGUUGCUAAUCAAAUUCUGAUAAUGGCUUGUCAAGUCGUGUCUUGUAUCGGUUUGCUCAGACAAAAAGAUGAAACAGUCUCAGCAAGUUGGAAAAAAGUUUAUUCUGAGACGUUAAUGUGCGACAUUUGUAGCUGUUCCGACGGUUUUCAAUCGCUUCUCUAAACUGAGCAUCAUUCAAUUCAAUUUAAAGUGUUUACAUGCAAUAAAGAUUAAGUAAAACAAAUAAAACAAAAUAGGCUAUAUUAAAUGUAAAAUAACAUUUUAAGUGAUUUCUCUGCGUGAAGCUUACUUUCAUGGUUUUAAUAAAAUCGUUUAAUAAAAUUUCAUAGUUAUAAUCACAAAUCUCAUAUAGGAGCAUUUCCCAAAAGAAAAAAAAAAAAAAGAAUUUUUUUUCGAAUGGAGCUCUAAUAUUUUCCACUCUUCAGGAUAAACGUAAGAUAAGCGUCGUGAGUUUAAAGACUUUUAGAUGCCGUCAAAAGGAACAACCGAGAUCCUCCUUUGAAGGGAUUUAGCCCCAGUGAAAGCUUUUCGAUCACAGCUGUCAAUCAACCACCAUGGCACCGCCCACUGGCGCGGCUCCGCCUAUAAAGAGCGCCCGUGAACUCGAGGGAGUGUCAUUCAAACACCAGAGCUCAGGGAAUAAGGAUGCCUGCUUCUCCAACGGGGUUUGGAAACUUCUUCAUGGACAGGAACAUCAGCAUGCCCGCUGGAUAUCAAUUACUGGGCUGUCCGCCCGGAAUGCAACAGCCACCGCAACAUCUUGUGGGAAUGCCUGGGGUUCCCUUACCUUUCUCAGGAAUACCGGGGUACAGUUUCAUCCCUUAUCCUCAUCCCGGACACAUGGCACACAUUAGCAAUUCCUAUGACCUGAAGGCUGCAUCUCCGUAUCAAGCUCUCCUCGGACGUGGAGGACCCUAUUACUCUCCAUAUCGUCCCAUGCCAGCUGAUGACCCGAGUAGGGUCACCAAAGUGGCCACCAGAGAGAGCACCAGCGCUUUGAAGGCCUGGCUCAGCGAGCACCUUAAAAACCCAUAUCCCACCAAAGGUGAGAAGAUCAUGCUCGCCAUCGUCACCAAAAUGAGCCUCACGCAGGUGUCCACGUGGUUCGCCAACGCCCGGCGCCGCCUGAAGAAAGAGAACCGGGUCAGCUGGGCCUCCAAAGGAAAGUCCGACGAGGAGGAUGAGGAAGAGGAGGGUGAGAGCGAAGAGGAGGGGUCUUUGAGGAAAGGCACGGAGGAUGAAGAUGAAAUCGAUCCUCAAACGGUUGAUGACGACGAGGAGGAUGUCGCGGGGUCAAAGUCGGUCGAGGGCCGUUUAGCGGAAGGACUGGAUCAGCAAAAGGAAAGUGACAAGUCUGACACGUCGCGUGAGAGCAAAAACGAGGUGUGUAAACAAAACGUCGAUGUCCAGAAACCUAAAAUCUGGUCUCUCGCGGAAACCGCGACUUCAGAUAUCGUCAAGAAACCCAGCGAUCUGAAACAUCUCCACAGUCCAGACUUCGGGAGGUGGUGGGCUGGGUGGCCUUCACGGGAAUCCUACUCGCCUGUGAACCUCUCCACACAUGACCUGCUCAAACAAACUCAAUGAAUCCGUUAAUCCGAGACACUAUAGACUCAAUUCUGGAUGCACUUUAAAAACAAUUGGGAACGUUUUGUUGUGGAAGUUUGCAUGGGCUACAAGAUUUCACCCAAAUGAUGCGCAGACCUAUUGUGUAAAUAUUGUACAGAUAUUUUGUUUAAAUUAUAAAUGCAUUUACUUGCUGACUUAUUUUUGGUAAAAUAAAACGUUGAAAAAUUAAAAAAAAAGUUGUGGUCAAUGGUUAUGGUUAAAGUCUUCGGUAGUGGUUUAGGGUUUGUUUAAAUCAUAUAACUCGUAUACGAGUUGCGUUGAAAUUGUUAUUAAAUAAUAAUAAUAAUAACGUGUUUAAUUGUUUUGCUUUUAGGUUUAGUUACAGCUUACACUCGAUUAACAGCUGCAAUGCUGUAGUUUCUUAAAGUCAUAAUUAAAGACCCAUUAAUUAGAGCAAUAAGUUACGAAAAGUCUCAAAUUUCAGUUAAUUUAAAUAAGUGUUUGUUACCAGCAACAUAAUUAAACGUUUAACAAUUAUGAACCUUAUGAAAUGUAAUAAUCGAAAUAAAAAAUAAUACAGAUAGUUAUGCUGUUUACACAAGCAAUUAAAGCAUCAACAUGAUGCAGGCAUACCAAGGCUCGCCUCACCCAAUAAAAAACUGGCCACAACUAGGCCUAAUAAAAGUUAUAAAAUAAAUUUUUAAUUUUGUUAGUAAAUCAAAUUCGACAGUAAUUGGCUUUAAAAAAAAUAAUGCAGAAUUUUCGCCAUUCGCUGUCUGCCAAAAAAAAAAAAAAAAA